UUAUUAUUAAAAUGUAUUAGACAUGUGGAAUAUUAUUAAAUACGAGAAGAAAGAGAUAGAAAAAUUAUUUACACGCGACAACAUUUCGGUGAGAAUUGGUGCUUCAAAAUCAAGCUAUUGAAUUAAUUUUUUAAACGAGUAAUUUUCAAUUAAUUUGAAUUUCUAAGAUUCGCUUACAAUAGUUUGUUAUCUUUGAGUUAAAGAAUUGUCUUCUUUUGAGGAGCAAAUAAAAAAAAUUCAAUUCCAAGUACAUGGUGUACCGGUGUCCAAAUAAUGAGUGUUGACAGCGAGAACAAGUCUAAUGAAGCAAUCACACCAUUCACUCCAUCCGCUGAUCAAGAGAAUACUGGCAAUGGUGAUAUUCCAAUAACACCAGAUAUGGUGCUCCGACUGCCUACCAUCACAGAUAAGUAUUUAUGCUCUCCGGAAGCUAAUAUUUAUGACAUAGACUUUACCAGAUUCCAAAUUAGAGAUUUGGAAACAGGAGCUGUCUUGUUUGAGAUAACUAAACCACCGGCUGCUGAAUGCGAUUCUCAUCAAGAUGCAGAGGCAGAUUCCGAAGAAUCUACUUGCGAGGAUGCUAAUACUGGAAGAUUUGUGCGUUACCAAUUCACGCCGCAAUUUCUUAAAUUAAAGACAGUCGGUGCCACGGUUGAAUUUUUAGUAGGGCCCAAACCAGUCAACAACUUCAGGAUGAUCGAACGUCACUUUUUUCGGGACAGAUUGUUAAAAACAUUUGAUUUUCAAUUUGGAUUUUGCAUUCCAAAUAGCAAAAAUACGUGCGAACAUAUUUAUGAAUUUCCGACUCUACCAGCUGAUCUUGUUUCCGAAAUGAUUGCAAAUCCAUUUGAAACUCGCUCGGAUUCGUUUUAUUUUGUGGAUAAUCAACUGGUCAUGCACAAUAAAGCAGAUUAUGCGUAUAAUGGAGGACACCAAAACGAUGUGAUUUAAAAUGUUAUUUGUUGGAUAGAAUAAUUACUUGAAAGUUAUAUAGAUUGAAAAUACCAUAAUAUUUGCACGUUAUGAAAAUGAAUUGCGUUGAUAAUUCGAUUAUAUACCAAUCUAACUUUUCAAGGUAGAGUUACAUAUACGGCACUAUUUUUUGAUUUAAUCUUUUGCCAUAUUAUUGCUGUCAAUCAUACGCAAAAUAUAAGAAAUCUUUUUUGAACAUACUUUUAUUAAUAAUAUUUAUGUCAUCGAUUAAACAGUUCAAACUAGCAGCACAACAUAUUUGAACAAUUUAAUGUGAGCCAUUUUGUUUUUCUACUUCUCUUAUAAUUUUUGCUUGAAACGAAAUAAACGGCCUCAAACCAC